AAAAGAGCAACUAACAGAAACCAUAAUACUAUUUUAUAAUACACACUCACACAUAAAUAUACAUUAUACAAUAAUAAAAGUUUACAAGAGGACAUCAAAAUCUGAAUAUAAAAACGUACCAAAAGACUAUAAAUAAAUAAUAAACACACAUGGUCUAAAUUUCUCAAAAAAAAAAGAAAAAAAAAAUUACAAUUUAAAUUUAGUGUUCUUCUUGAAGCUUCUCUCUUCAAGAUCACUACCUUACGUCUCUCUCUCUCAAUUUCAUCUCAAUCUUCUCAUAUAACUUUUAUAAACAAGAACCAAAAUCUUUUAAGUUAUUUGUUCUCCUUCACUAAAAAAAACACACAACAUAGAUAAUGAAGGAGACAAUAAGGUGUUGCAUCGCUUGCAUUCUACCGUGCGGAGCUCUUGACGUGAUCAGGAUCGUUCACUCAAACGGACACGUUGAGGAGAUCAGUGGGACGAUCACGGCCAGCGAAGUCAUGAAGGCUCACCCGAAGCACGUACUCAAGAAACCAUCUCCUCCACCGUCCGACCACGACGAGCGUGACGUCAUCUCAGCCACAAAGAUCGUCGUCGUCCCUCCGGAAGCUGAGCUCCAACGUGGCAAGAUUUAUUUCCUCAUGCCUGCAGCUAAAUCUGAUAAAUUCGCCGGAGGAAAGAUCCGCCGGGAUAAUAAAAGUAACGCAAACAACGCCGUCAAGAAGCGGUCACAGCAUCACCGCGGUGGUGAGAAAUGUAAUGACGAGAAUAAAGAUAAAAGUUCCGAGAAGGAUUUGUUGAUCUCUGAUCGGUACUUGACGGAGAUAUUAUCGGAGAAAGUGGCGACGCAAAAAGAUCGGAGGAAGGGACGCGUCGGCGUGUGGAGACCGCACUUAGAAAGCAUAUCGGAGAUCAUAACUGUAGAUUGAGGAAACGGCAUCGUUUUUGAGGAUUACUUGAUAGUAAAAAUACGUAGCUUCUUUUUUUUUUUUUCACCAUCAUUUUUAUAUUAAAGAUAUCGUCAGUUGAGUUGUGCAUUUGAAUGACAAUAUUGAAGAGAAAAAAAGUUUUUUA